AUGCAAUCACAAAAUGGAGACUUGGACGAAGGCCUUGGAGGGGAGGUUACUGCACAAGAGGUGUCAGGAGAGGCUGUGGACAACACCGGUAACAAAUCUACCCACGCAGAAAAUGACGGCAGUUCUGACAACAGAGGUGAAGCACAGUCUGCAGAAGGUGUAGAGCAAGAAUCUAAAGAGAAGAGCAUUGAAAGUGCAGUUAAUCAAAGGCAGUCUGAAGACAGUUCAAAUGAAUGUAGCACCGGAGACACCUUCCAAAGAGUCCAGAAGGCUGUUACAACUCGAGAGAAAGCUGUCAGCUGUAUGUCCAGAGGAGAUCAACAGAAUAAAGCAAAGUCAGAUGGUGAUCAUAAAUCGGUAACUGGCUCAUCCACUCAAAGGACAGAAGGAAAGAGGGGCUUUGUCAGAAUGACAAAGAAGAUUCUGAGAGACAUCUGUAAGCAGCAGAAAUUAUACUGGACCCCAUACUUGAAUGACACGCUUUACUUGCAUUAUAAAGGAUUUGACUGCGUGGAGAAUCUUGACGAGUAUACUGGAUUGAAGUGUUUAUGGCUGGAAGGCAACGCCUUAACAAAAAUUGAGAACCUGGAGACUCUGACAGAGCUGCGUUGCCUCUACUUGCAACUCAAUUUAAUUAAGAAAAUUGAAAACCUUGAACCCUUACAAAAGCUGGAUUCCCUCAAUAUCAGUAACAACUACGUUAAGACCAUUGAGAACCUCUCUUGUCUGAAAGUCCUGCAGACUCUGCAGAUUGCUCACAAUAAGUUACAAACGGUGGAAGACGUACAGCACUUGCAGGUGAAAAGUAUUUCUGUUCUCGAUCUUUCCCACAACAAUCUCAGUGAUCCAAACAUUAUAGCUAUUCUGGAGACCAUGCCUAGUUUGCAUGUGCUGAAUUUGAUGGGAAACCAAGUGAGACAGAAAAUUGCUAAUUACAGAAAGACACUUACUGUUCGACUAAAACAACUGACGUAUCUGGAUGACAGACCGGUUUUCCCAAAGGACAGAGCCUGUGCAGAAGCCUGGGCUGUUGGAGGGCUUGAAGCCGAGAAAGCAGAAAGGGAAAAAUGGGAAACCAGAGAGAGAAAAAAAAUCCAAGAUAGCAUCGAUGCUUUAGCAGCAAUCAGGCAAAAAGCAGAGGAAAAGAAAAGACAAAAGGAUGUGGAAGAAGGAGGUGCAAGUGCAAAAGGAGAUGCAACAGACAUCCUAGAAGGAGCACCGGCAAAUUCAGGUGACGGUCAUGGAAAUUCUAAUACAUCAGAGACUUCAAAUAUAUCAGAAGUGGAAGAAACUCAAGAGAAGACUGAGAAAUUUGGAAAUGAAAGUUCUGAUGCUUGUGAUGAAGCAGUAACACUUCUAGCAAAUAGAGGAGAUUUCCCAUCUGGAAAUAUUCCUGCUCAAAUUGAGGAGGUUGCACAAGAAUCAAACCCUUACAAAUGCUCAAACUUCGACAAGAUGAGACACGAUCUACCAAGAGAGAAGACAGCUGCUGAGAAGGCCAUGCUUCCUGCACUGGAUGAAUACGCUGCAAUUGAACAGAUCCAACUGGAGACCAAACCAGGGAAGCUUUAUCUUGAGGAACUGCCUGAUUUAGAAGAUGUAGAUGUAAAUGAAAUUGCCCCAGAAGAGGAAAUCUUUGUUCAAAAGGAGCAUCACCCAAAGAUUGAAAUAAUUUCUGAAAUGACAAAUGACGGCGAUUCUGCAUUAGAGGAAAACAAUAACAGCACAUUUGAGAAUUCAGGAGAAGUUCCAACAGCAAUUUUUUCAAAUGCAUGUAAGAUACGUAAAGGGCAUGACAAGGAGGGCUUAAGACCCCUUGUUGAAAGCCUCUUCACAGAGCCUGCUAAUUCAGAAAGAUACUUGGAGACCAAAGAUAAACAAGAAACCCCCUCGAAACCCUUGAUACAAGAGGUCAUCAUCGACCCCAAGGAUAAUCUGCUGUCGUCACCAGGCAGCAAUCAACCGGGUGACCCAAGCCCAUGGGAAGAAGACGGUAAGAUUGCAGUUGCUUUAACAGGGAAUGGCAGUGCUGGAGAUCAGUGCCUGGCAGAAGGGGAUGGAUGUCCUCCCGAAGCACAGGAUGACAAUGACAGUGAGAGUGGGUUAGGUUAA